AUGACAGGUGCUGCUCUCUUCGUCGGAAAUGAUGGACAAGUCACUACUCGACGUGAUCUCCCUCCAGUCACAGCACGAGACGACGAGAUACUCAUUGACGUCCUCUAUUCGGGAGUCAACCCUGCGGAUCUCAAGACAGUACACUUCACCAACUAUCGGAACUCUGUCCUGGGAACGGACUUCUGCGGCAAGGUCCUAGACUGCCCCGCGCUUGUCGAUUCCGGGCUCAGUGUCGGCGACGUUGUGGCCGGUCAGACCAUUGUCCAGGGACAAUAUUCCAAAGACUACGGCGCUCACAAGCCGCGAAUCUUCACGCCGAGAGUUAGCCUGUUCAAAGUCCCUGAGAACAUGGCCCACUCUGACGCCGCAGCCAUAACCACCGUCACCCACACCGCCAGCGACGCAUUGUACAACAACUUCAAACUUCCUCUCCCCGGAUCUGCUUCCGGCGUUGUGCAGGGCACACUGGUCGUAUGGGGCGGGGGUACGGCCGUCGGCUUGUCCGCCAUUCAGCUAGCUCGGGCCAGCGGGGUUACCAACAUCAUCACUACGGCAUCUCCUUCCCGUCAUGAUCUUCUCCGAGGUCUCGGUGCGACCGAAUGCUUCGACUACAAGGAUGCCGAUGUCUCAGACAAGGUCAAACAAGCGGUCAUCACAGCAGGCCACUCUCGUGUCUGGGGAUUCGAGACCGCGGGGUCGCCCGGGUCGAGUCAGCUUCUCCUCGAUGCGCUGUCCAACAUUGCUGGCAAGGUACAAUUUUCUUGGGCCAUUGCAACGGGUGCGCAGCGUCCGCCAAGCGAGUCAGUCCUCGGAUCCCGAGACUACGAUAUUGUCUUUGAGGUUGCCGGCGGUCGCCAGGUCAUUCCCGCAGAUCCUGAAAAGGCCGCUAACAUGUGGGCUGCUCUCGACUGGGUAGUCAAGAAUUACGGAAAGGGAUUCGAGCUUCCUGUCGUACGUGUGUUUGAGGGUACUGGAGAAAAGGCGCUGGAAGAAAUGGAGAUGGUGUCUAAGCAAGGAGCUUUUGGGAAGCUUGUGCUGAAGCAUCCCCUUCGAUGA